UUCUCUGGCUUAGAGCGCUCUGACGGACGAAAAGUCGUGGAGGGAUUCUCGGCCAGGGAGAAACAUAAACAUAUAUGUAUAAUGUAUAGCAUGAAAGAGUAUUAGUAUAGUAGUCACGUGUUCGAGAGACUCGAGCGAGGAACGCGAAGGAUGUUUGCGUGAUCGUGGAGUCAGUUUGUGGCGGUGCUCUGUCCGGCCGAGAAGAGCGUUGAAGAUUGAAAUAAAGAGUCGAGUUUCGAAUGCGGUUGUCGUUACUUGUAAUAACCUUUCCCUCGUUGAUUCGAUGGAAAAUUUACGUCGAUGAGGGAAAAUAAUAAUCAGAUAAUACAUCGAAACGAAAGAUCGAAUAAAAACAAAAUAAAGCGAGAGGCAAAGAAGAAGGAAGCGUUAAGGCGAACGGGACUGAAGGAACAGGUCGUCGUCGCAGUUAUCUACCGAACGAGACACGACCAAGAUCUGUUGAGAAAAUCGUUUGCUGAAUCAGCGAGGGAAUACACAAACGAGUUUCAAUCGUCGUAACGAAUUUUUCGUUCGCACAUGUGACGCGACAUGUGUGAAUUUCGUGCGGGAAUGCUUCAAAAUAACAACGAAUUGAAGAAUCGUUGAAAGCGAUGUUUGUUCGUAUCGAAAACGUUGCAGAAUCUUUAUCGAAAUCUCUUAUCAAUCGAGUGCGAAAGCGUCGUUGAUCAUCGAUGAUUUCAUCCGAAUAGUGACGUCGUCCGGAGACCGCAUCAUGAAGAAUAACGAUGCGUUAUUUUUGUCUUGUCUUGGCAUACACUUGAACGGCGGUACGUAGUAUAAAGAGUGGAACUUGAGGAUCAUGCGGGAAAAAUAAUGAAAUGUCAGUGAUUUCGGAAGAUUGUAUUUUGCAAGAUGAGCGAUCUUGCGAGGAGAACUUGCUGAUUGGCGAAGGUCGAUACUAGCCAGGAAAAGGUUUUUGUCGAGACUCGAUUUUUUGGUGGUUUUCUUAGGCUUUUUGCCUCGUUUAGUUUCCUGGCAGUAAUUUGUUGGUGAGAGCCGAGGAUGGAGGUAGCGACGAGUCAAAGACCUCAUCCACCGCCGGUACCACCGCGACCGAGUCGUCAAGUGGUCGCUGAGGCGUUGAAGAGGUCGCCACGACCUCCUUGUCCGACGCGACAAGCGCCACCACCGCCAAACACAAAACCGUGGCGUUCCGAGGACCACGAGGCUGUUCCUCAACAUCGCGGGGGUCGAACGGUCGUUUACGAAUCCUUCAAAGAUUCGAUAAACGAUACAGAAGUAUCUCGAUGUUCGAGCGAGCCACGCGCGAUUCGCGAGAAUGUUGUGAGAAGUGAAAAAGUGUGGCGCAAAACGAGGAGCAACAGCGAGGACGAUACGGUUGACCGUUCGAGGAACGACGCGCGUUGUAGUAAUAAAAUCGUUGCUUUUGAAAACGGCAAAGAGUGCGGGGUUGCGAACGAGAAAAUCGUGAAGGAUGUUGCCGCGAGUGAAAGGCACCAGCAGCAGCAGCGAGAGGCUGAAAAUAAUCGGGAAAGGCAAGCGGGGGAAGAAGAAAAAAAAUGUGAACCGCAGCCGCGUUCGAGUAGCGGGGGGCAGCAGUAUUGCGAUUGGGAAAAUUGGACGGUAAAAACGAGCGAAAAUGGCGACGAUAGAGCGCCCGAUAUAAAAAAAGAGAGUGCGUUGAUCCCGUGCAUCGAUAGAGGCGCAGGGAAAGAAACGGAGAUGAGGAAAAAAGUUGAACUCUUUUGUGGAAGUGGAAACGACCCUAGCGAAGACGUUCUUGGGAGUGAGCAGAUUGGCAAAAAUUCUUUCGAAACAUUGGAAGCUCGCUCGAACGAGUUGCCCGACGUCAAUCCUGCCGAUAUUUUCGCAGCACUAAAAUCAGGGAUUCUCGAUGCUAACGCGACGAAAAACGUGGUCAACGAUGACUCCUUUGCCAAAAAUUAUCACUCCCCCAGAACUCUCGCCACGAACUCUAUAACCGUUUCGGAACCACCCACGAGCAAUCCGAGUGUCAACGGCGAUAAAGACCUCGACUCGAAACACACCACCGAGCACUAUUUUCACUCUGACAAUAAAGACUCUCCUCUCUCUACGCGUAACAACAGCACCACCACUAUUUCCAGCGAUGAUUGCACCACAGUCGUUGUCAUCGACGAACCCGAACGUAAAAUUUCGUUCAACGAUGACAACGACAACAUCCAUCAUCAAGAUUGGCUCGAAGCUGGGGUCCGAUAUUCUUCCACCAAAAUCACACUCCCCGGCGAUGAGAACAUCGAUCGCAAUGACUCCUCGUCGCUUCCUGACGACGAUCGUCGUUACAAUCACGAUUAUCACGACGAUCAACUCAUUUAUAGUGACCGUGAUUUUGCAAGUAUACGCGAACGAAUAGCAAUGUCAUCGCUGCAAGGACUGCCACCGUUACCAAGGAGUCUCAGCGGGUUCAACCUGAACGAGGGACGCCGAGAAGCGAGCGAACCACCACCUCCACCCACGAGAUCAUCGAGCAAAACUCCAAAAAACGUUAAAUCAACACAACCGUCCGGUUCAAGGCCAUCGCCACCAGGCAGACAACUCACGACCCUGGAUACGCAAUUGGCCAUCCUCAGAAAGGAAAUGUUUGGCCUUCGCCAAUUGGAUCUCUCCUUGCUCUCACAAUUAUGGUCGUUGAACGAGUCGAUACAGGAAUUUCGGCAACUUCUUCAGGAGCAAGAGGAUCGAGCGCCUUCGCCGUCACCGAGUAGCGAAGAAGGGGACGACACGUCUUACGGGAGUCAUCCACCGCCUCCGCCGCGAAGACCAGCGCCGAUGCUUCACCACCACAGGCCUCCGAGGCCCCCGAGGCCUCUUCGACUACCGGCGAGCGACGAGUCGCCUUCGAGCGAGGAAUACGGAGCAGUCUGACCAAAAAUAAAAAAACUUCAAAAUAACGCAAAAGAAAAAAGAUUGUGCGACAUGAAAGAGACGAAAAUAUGAAACUUUGUCGCUGUUGGGAAGACUUUGACGAAUGAAGAAAUGCGCGAAAUGGUUCAGUGAGGGGAGGGACCAGGGGGACGAAUCGAUUUCUUGAUUUUCGUCGUCGUUGUUCCAUCGCGAAAACAAAUUGAUUUUAAAGAAAUGAAGAGAAGAACGAGAAUCGUGUGAUAAAGGACGAAUGUGAAUGAGUUAAAAAAGCAUGAAAUUUGACACUUUUUUCUACGUUUAUUCGAAGACUACUGGGUUUUUCUUUCUUCGGGAUGAUCUACAGAUCUCUAAAAUUAUUUGUCCAAGUAAAAAUUACUCGAAAAUGGGCCUAUUUCUUCUUGACACGCUCUCCAUCACUUUUUGCCAUUGAUUCCAAAAUUUUCGAGUCGCUCGUCAGAUUCUUGUGCCUCGACGAAUAGAUCGAAAAUAAAUAAGUAAGAAAAUGUUGUCAAAUUCGCUGUCCAGUGAGAAAGAUAAAUAUUUGUGCUGCGUGAAAUGCGUUUCUACGAGAUUUACAAAAAAAACGUAUAUAAAUAUAUUCCCCGUGAUCGUCGCUGUGGUUUCGGUUAUUCCCCUGUACAUUAUUCUACCCCAAAUUUGUAACUUUUUCGUGUAAAAUAAUCGAUUCUUGUACAGUAAAUAAUAAAUCACCGUUCUUACAAGGAA